GAGUGCUAUAGUCUAUGCUUGGCAACAUGCUGGUUGUUGGCAACUCUGACAACAGUUAAACAGUUAAAGUGAUUUUAUAUGGUCGUUGAGUUAAACCAAAGUGUAAACUGUGUACUUGAGCGAAAUUUGAGUGACUUUUCCGGAAUUUUCUUGUGUAAUAGCACGGAAAGUUAAAUAUCUAGGCUUUGUUAUGUCGUCCGAAAGUGGUAAGAUUGGAGAAAAUGGGAACCUUGCGGAAGGUGAUAGAGGAAACGAACUAAUGCUGGUUCAAGAGCCCGUCUCUUUUGGAGAUUCUUCAGAUGUAUCCUUAACUUCACGAGCUCAGCGCCAAAGAAAUCUUCAAGAUUUGUUGCGACUCAGUACUCAAAUGACUGUUCAGAGACCAGUGGUCGGCGAGCCCCUGGAUCAAGAGAGACGAUUGUUCCUGGAGCAAGCACUGAAGUCGCUGGCAGUUUAUGUGGUCGACAUGCUGGUGAGAGCAGUGAAGGUGCUGCACAAGGCAAGCACUCUGAGUCUGGACGAUGACCCCAGUGAAUGUGAAGCAGCACUGGAUGACAUUUUGGAUCACGUUGAUCACAUAGACUUUGCAAAUGACUUUCACAAGAUAGGCGGAUUCUCGAUCCUUCCAUCUUGUCUCAACUCACCGCACGUCAGCGUGCGGUGGCGCACGGCACAGCUGGUGGGUGAGCUAACGCAGAACAACCGAUACUGUCAGCACCACGCACUGGAGGUCGGUCUACUACCUGCCCUGCUGUCGUUAUUGGACUGCGACCCUGACCAGGUUGUGCGUGUCAAGGCCCUCUACGCCGUGUCAUGUCUGGUGAGAAACAACGAGCAAGCCCUGAAGAUAUUUCGGGAGCACGAUGGCUUCUCGGUGCUGCUGCGAGCCUUGCAGAGUGACGUGGAUAAGCUGCGAGUAAAGGCCGCUUUCUUCCUGUCUGCUCUCAAGCAGCCCCAUGUUCUGGAGGAGUUGCUGAAGAUGGGCUUCGUGGAGUUGUUUGCGACGCUGGUGAGCUGUGACAUGAGCCCUGCCACGGAACACUUGCUGAGUGCUCUCCUGACACUGGUGACGGACUGCUCGGCUGCGCGCACCGAGUGCCGACGCCCUGAGCUGGGACUGCGCAGCCGUCUCGUGCAGCUGGUGGAGGACUGCAGGAACAAGGAGGAGUACCAGGAAGUGUGCAAAUAUUCUCAAGAUUUGCUGGCGCUCAUUUUUGAAGAUGAUUUUGGAGAAGAUAGAUAAUUAUGAGCAUUAUGUUAUGUGUUCAGAUUUUGGUGUUUGUAACUUCUCUUUUUUGUAAAUACUUGUAUGUGAAUUUGAAUUUUGUCUUAUUUUAUGUGUCAAGACUUUAUAGGAAAAAAGCCACUGAAAAUUUUUUUGUAGUGUAAUGCUAAAAUGUUUCUUUUGAAAUACAAUAGAUUUAAUGAGCA